AGGUUCUUUUUUAAAGCCUGAAGGUCUCGGAAGCCGCUUUUGAGUCAGUGAGGAAGAGCUUUGCUCCUCGGGGAGAUGUCCACCAAGGUGCCCAUCUACCUGAAGAGGGGCAGCAGGAAGGGGAAGAAGGAGAAGCUGCGCGACAUCCUCUCCUCCGACAUGAUCAGCCCGCCCUUGGGGGACUUCAGACACACCAUCCACAUCGGCAGCGGCGGGGAGAGCGACAUGUUCGGGGACAUCUCCUUCCUCCAGGGCAAAUUCCACCUCCUCCCCAGGACCGAAGGCAGCUUCGACUCCGACAAGGACAGCCCCGACGCGGCGCCCUUCGAGUUCUCCAGGACGGCCACCAUCUCCGGCCGGGAGCAGCCACACUCUUCCUCGGAGACGUCGUCCCCCCUCCUCAAAAAUGCCAUCUCCCUGCCCGUUAUCGGGGGGCCGCAGGCCUUGACGCUGCCCUCGGCACAAGCCCCCCCAAAACCCCCGCGGUUACACCUCGACGACAAAACCCCACCGGCGCGAAGCGAGGAGGAGGAGGAGGGUGGUGGUGGUGAAGGCAGGAGCGUCACCCCUUCGUCGUCGUCGUCGUUGUCGUCGCCGCCGCAUCCCUGCACCUCGCGUUUCGCCGCCCCCACCAACGGCUUCGCCGAGGAGAAGGGCAAGGCCGAGCCGGCCUUCCUCUCCCACGCCGGCUCCCUCCUCUCCCUCCACGUGGAUUUGGGACCAUCCAUCUUGGAGGACGUCCUGCAAGUGAUGGAGAAACACCAGGCAGAGAGAGUGGGUGGGUCCCUCCAGGACCCGGGCCGGCAGGAAAUCUUGACGUGAAGACGUCUCGAGAGCCCGUCGUGCAAACGUGCAGACGUGGAGCGUUUCUCCCCGAAAAUCUCCGGCCGCUCCCUCUGUGUGUGGGGAGAAAAAAAAAAGACAAACCACAUUCCAACGCCCUCCAAAUCCCAAAGGGAAGAGGCAUUUAUCGGUGCUGGGUUAUUUCUCAACGCUCGCCCGCUUCAACUUCACCUUCGGCGACGGAUGGAGCUGUAGGACCGGGAGAAAAACAAGACUCCCCCCUCCUGGGGCCGUUGGGAACGUUUUUGGCGCUGAAUGGGAUGAAACAGCGACGGCCGAAUUCCUAAAUGUUUCAGUCGGGAGGAUUUUGGGGAGGGUUGGGGUUGAUUUUGCUUCGCUCGAGGAGGGUUUUUGCGGUCGGUGGAGGCGAAGGGGUGACGCGCGCCGUUUGCCACCCACCCCCAAUCAUCGAGGCGAUGUCAAACGCCAGCCUUCGACGUGGUUUAAUUUCUUUUCAGAUCCCGCAAAAACGGGUAAAUUUAGCGGUUCCGUGGCAAAAGACUCCAUCGGGCUCUAACGUUGCACCACCUCUAAGGAGAAGCUAAAAAAACUCUCCGCGGAGAAGCUGAAAAGCCCCCUCUUGGGCUGUAUUUCAGCGACUAAAUCCCCCGGAGCUCAGAAGUGGAAUCGAAAGUGGUAAAUAAGAUGCAAAAAAAGCAACAAAACCACAAAAAAAAUCAUCUGUUAAGUGUGGGGGGGGUGAGUGACCGCCCGGCCAGAUUCCUGGGGGAGAUUUCAGUCUCCCAAAAGACGCCGUCUCCGUCAAUCGCAGAUUGUUCGGCCGGAGGGAGGAACGAGGGGGUGAAACGCUUCGGCACGCAGAAAGGAAUGCGAAUCCCUUCUGCCUUUUUUUUUUAUAAAUAAUUUAAAAAAAGAAUAAAAGAAAUAAUCUGUGGAAAUGCCAAUUCCACUGACGUCGGGGCGAAAGACUUUAAAACACCCGACUGCGAGGCCUUUCCUUCUCUUUCCCCCCCCAUCCCAGAAUCGAGGACGAGAGAAACCUGUUGGACUCGGUAACGGUGUAAAAACCAGCAGGACCUCGUUUCCUAAUUACUAGGAAUGACAUCACUAAUUAAUUGCAUCAUUUUUAACCGUUUCUGGUAGUUUUAGUCCAGAAUGAGGCCGGGAGUCCCCCUGAGUAAGGAAUUAAGGCACCUCUUGAAGAACACCCUGACUUUUUGCUGGUUUGCCAGAGCCUGACCCUGUAUUUCUUUCCAUCAUCGAUUGCUGUUUUCUUCAGGUGUCGUUAACUAAUGAAUCAUUAGAUUAAUGAGCUCGGAGCUUGUCACCACCCCAACUGUGUCCCUGCUCUUGCUUAUUGCCCAUCUGUGUCCGGUGGGGCACUCACUGUGAGACCAAACCACUCUGUUUUGGUGGAAACACGGAAAAUUUGGGGUAAAACCAAUGUUUCAAGCCUAAUUAAGACAAUGAGGUUAAUUGAGCUCAAUCCGGGCAGCUGCUGGGUUUAAUUUCUAUUUGAUUUUAUGCUGUUAUGGUUCAACCUUUACCUGCUCUAAACCGACGGCGCUUCCUCCCAACACACCCAUCCACGUGGCGAUGACUUCAUUUUUAUUUAUUUUAGGAUUUUUCUUACCAGAAAUAAUUCCCGUGACAGGAUGGGGGCGUUUUAGAGCAUUGUUUGUAAUUAAUUUACCCUUCAUUUAUUUUGAUGAGAGAUGUGGCUUGAUUUCCCAAUCCCCUCUUCUCAGCUGCUGUUUGGUCAAACAAUUUGGAGGCAGAAAGCCUGGAAUGGAUCAUUUUGGGUGUUU